UCAGCCAAUCAGAGUGCCCGCACUAGGAAAGGGCGCGGGUAGCUGACAAAGGCCGAGUGACAGCGUCCCUAGUCCCGUGGACUAACAUCACGGAGUCUCCGUGGAGAGAAUCAUAGGCAAGAUGCCGAACAAAACAAAGAAGGAAAAGGAAACAACCAAAUCUGUCAAAAGCAGCUCAAAAAACAGCAGCAGCAUUGGAAAGGAUGCUGCCACAGAAAACUCAGACGAGUCCCAGCAGCAGCAGAGUGGCAGUAAGCGUCCCAGCAACAGCACGCCUCCUCCCACUCAGCUCAACAAGAUCAAAUACUCUGGAGGUCCUCAGCUGGUGAAGAAGGAGCGGCGUCAGAGUUCGUCCCGCUUCAGCCUGACUAAGAAUAGAGAGCUGCAGAAGCUGCCUGCCCUCAAAGAUGCUCCUCCACUGGAGCGUGAGGAGCUUUUUGUCCAGAAGCUCCGUCAGUGCUGCGUGCUUUUCGAUUUUCUCAGCGAUCCUCUUAGUGAUCUCAAGUACAAAGAGGUGAAGAGAGCGGGACUCAAUGAAAUGGUGGAGUACAUCACACACAACAGUGACGUGGUGACCGAGUCCAUCUAUCCUGAAGCUGUUAUUAUGUUUUCAGUGAACUUGUUCAGGACCCUUCCUCCAUCCUCCAACCCGACUGGCGCAGAGUUUGAUCCUGAGGAAGACGAACCGACACUAGAGGCUGCCUGGCCUCACCUGCAGCUGGUGUACGAGUUCUUCCUCCGCUUCUUGGAGUCUCCAGACUUCCAGCCAAACAUUGCUAAAAAAUACAUUGACCAAAAGUUUGUACUUUCGCUGCUAGAGCUGUUUGACAGUGAAGAUCCUAGAGAACGAGAUUUCCUAAAGACCAUCCUGCAUCGGAUCUAUGGCAAGUUUCUCGGCCUCCGAGCCUACAUCCGCCGCCAGAUCAACAACAUCUUCUACAGAUUCAUCUAUGAGACAGAACAUCACAACGGCAUCGCUGAGCUGUUGGAGAUACUUGGGAGUAUUAUCAAUGGCUUUGCUUUACCGCUGAAAGAAGAGCACAAGAUGUUUUUGAUCAGAGUUCUGCUGCCACUUCACAAAGUCAAGUCUCUAAGCGUGUACCACCCCCAGUUGGCAUACUGUGUGGUUCAGUUCUUGGAAAAAGACAGCAGUUUAACAGAGCCGGUGAUAAUGGGUCUGUUAAAGUUCUGGCCAAAGACUCACAGUCCCAAAGAGGUGAUGUUCUUGAACGAGUUGGAGGAGAUCCUCGAUGUCAUUGAGCCAUCAGAGUUCGUUAAAGUCCAAGAGCCACUGUUCAGACAGCUCGCAAAGUGUGUCUCCAGUCCGCACUUCCAGCGCCAAAUCACAACAAGGUUAUCUCAAGGCACUUUACAAGUAACAAAGAGCAGAACGGAGCUGAUGAGAUCCAAGGUGCAUCCGUUCCUGGUGGGAGGGGCCUGUUGUUCUCAGCUGAUGCUGAUGCCAGCAUUGUGCUGUGUGCAGGUGGCAGAGAGAGCGCUGUACUACUGGAACAACGAGUAUAUCAUGAGCCUGAUUAGUGACAACGCUGCCAAGAUCCUCCCCAUCAUGUUCCCCUCCCUUUACAAGAACUCCAAGAGCCACUGGAACAAGACAAUUCAUGGUCUGAUCUACAAUGCGUUGAAGCUUUUCAUGGAGAUGAACCAGAAGCUGUUUGACGACUGCACACAACAGUACAAGGCUGAAAAACAGAAAGAGAAGUAUAAACUGAAGGAGAGAGAGGAGAUCUGGCAUAAGAUCGAGGAGCUGGCCAGACAGAACCCUCAGAACAAUAAGCUCCAUCAGCUCCGUCCCAGACUGCAGCCGCAGGAAGAGUACAUGUUGUACAGUGACAGCACUGUGUCCGUGUACUCGAUGGAAACUGACACUCCGACUGCUGAAGACAUUCAGCUUCUGAAGAAGACAGUGGAGAGUGAGGCCUCGCAGGGUCUGAAGGAUAUGAAGAAGGACAGGGCUCUGAUGAGGAGAAAAUCAGAACUGCCACAGGACGUCUACACCAUCAAAGCUUUGGAAGCUCACAAGAGAGCAGAGGAGUACCUGACAGCCAACCAGGAGGCUCUCUGACCAGCGCUCGUGUCCUGUGCUUCUUUGUUGGGAGGUCAGCACAGUCGCAGAGAAACUGGCCUGGGGUCAGACCCGGCUGGAGCUGAUGCUGCAUUCAGAAAAAUACCCUCUCACCUGUGUCACUGUUCAAGCUGUGUCUGUUCACACAGUCUUUAAAGUAUGAGGGAUCAGCUUCACCUCCAGCAGCUGCUUCACCCACCUGCUGCUGUUUCAAUGUCACCCACACAACUACUGCUGCCACCAGGCGUGUGCAGGUGACGACUCAUGUCCUGAACGCAGCAUCAUGCCCUUUCCAGGAUUAACCUCCAGCUGCAAGUCCAUGUGUUUGUCGUUCGGCUUUGGUUUCCACACAUCUUUAAUAGAUCUGCAAGCAGACAAACUGUGAAAGCCAAAGCUAAGUUCCUGUAUCACAACAUCUCAUUAUUAGUGCAUCCAGGGACAACACAAAGUCACAGCCACAACCUAUAGUUCCAGUAGUGGAAUGAAGGUCCACCACUUCUUGCCAUGUUGCAUCAGUGAGUUCACUGACGGUCCCAGCUGCAGCACAGUCUCCUCCACUUGACUGGACCGGUCGUCCAUCAAUAUGGAACUGAAGCAGAUGAAGAUGAGGAGACGUCUAGUUAAACGGCGUAACAUUAGGCUUUGCUGUUUGGAUUUGUUUGAACCGGAGACGUCUGCAUGGGUUUUGCUGUCAGAACACCACUCUGCUGUUUUGUCCUUUGAUCUGAAUGUUUGUAUCUGAACAUGUAGCCGUCACUCAUCGGGUCAAACACAACCUGGUCCCCUGAAGUGGGGUUCAGGACAUAGGGACGAUUAGAAGAUGUUGCUUUGAGUCUGAUCCACAACAUUCAAUACAUGUGAGGUAGUAUCAUGUAAAGAUACAACUCCUCCUUCUGCGUGGUGCAUCCAGAUCAGUUUUUCAACUCUAAUCCACUUUUAUUGUGCUGUUUGUUGAGUCACACGCUGAUGAAUUAAAAACAUGAUGCACAGGUGACUGCAGGAACGCAUAUGUUCAGGCUUAUUUAAACUGUUAAAUGUUCAGAAUAGAACAGACAUGCACCCAGCAAUGUUUUCAUAAACCGAAUAAAAGGCAACAUUCCAUUGGUUUGAUUUGCUCCAGUGCGCUACAGGAUGCAAGACGCUCACAUUAGAUUUAUCUAAUGUUAUAAUGAAAAUUUAGUAAACUUGAACUGAAAAAAACCCUUUUCAUUUGAAAGUCAAAACAAUCACUGGAGUCCUGACACAAAAAUGAUACACGUGUUGAGCUUUAAUUAAGUAAAGUAUUACAUAGUAAAGUCUGAUUUUGUACAGAUGUUCAUGUAGGAACGCAAGAAAAAGAAAUAAAGUGGAAAUGUUUGACA